AUGUUUGGCUCCUCGCCGCCGCAGUUUUCACUGCCUUUCCAGUCUUCUCGUCGAAACUCCCUCGAACAAAGUAUCUGGGCACCUAUCAACUCCAACCCUGAAAGACCCCAUGACCGGGCCUCUGCUGACCGUCGUGUUCCUGACCGGAACCCUUCCCUCGACGCUUCUGUCCAUACGGGUGUCCCAGGUGCUCCAGGUGCUGGUCUGCCCACUAUAAGACCUUCCUUAUACACUCGUGGCAGUGGCAGUGGCAGUGGUUUCAGCUCCUUCUCGGGAACCGCCACCGCUGCUAGCACUGGUAUUACUACGGCCUCUGGUCAUGGCACCAGUGGUGGUGUCUACAGCUAUGAUCAGCCGGAACUUUCAUUUGCGCCUGGAAUCUGGAACGAUCCCUGGCGCGGGCCUGACCUGCCGCACACUCUGCCGCCAUGGGACGCCAGUAGAAGACAUUCCGUUGGAGACGUUUUUCCAAGUGGGUAUCUGGCUCAGGCUGGAUGGCUGAUGUUUGGCGCUAACCUCCUGGGUUGGCCAAGCAAUGCUCCGGGGAAUGCCCCUGGACACGCUCAAUCUCUGCACCCUGGCCACCACCCUGGUAACGCACCAAAUCAGCCCACUAGCCACAUUACCAGCCACUCGUCCCUGAUUUCUGGUCCCACCGGUGCUAAUGGUGCUCCUGGCCCAACUGGUGCUCCUCAUGGCCUCCAUGGUCUUCAAACGCCCAACAUGCCUCAUGGCCUUGGCGCCCUCAAUACAUCGCCUGGGGCUUUUUCCAACUAUAUCCCGCGCAGCUCGGUCUCGGGCCCUGCCGCUGCCGCGGCUCCAGGUGCCGCUUCUGCACCCAUUUCAGCCCCAGCUCCAGCAAAUGCCUCGGCAGCAGCUUCGGCUUCAGGGCCCGCUUCUGCUAAUGCGGCUGCUCCUCCAGCUGCAACUACUCAAUCAAAUCAAUCCAAUGGCCCAGGUGGUGCAUUGGGCCAAGUUCAUGACUACUUCUCUCUGGACCCUCAUCAACGUGUGAAGGUUACAGCAGAUUACCUUGCUCAGCGGUUCUUUGAUGAGGAAAAGUACUUGGGCGAUUCAUACCAGCUUCCAAAGUUCCCUGUGGAGAGCUCUUUGCAGGAUUAUCAACUCGUGCUUGUGGCGUUUAAAGCUGGAAGAAUUGAUGUCUUUUACCUUCCUGGCACCCUCGACCAGCAGCUUUCUGUCGGUGAUUUGGUCAUGGUUGAAGCCGACCGUGGUCGUGAUUUGGGUAAGAUAGUCAAGAUGAACAUCUCAAUUGACGAGGCUCGUCUUCUCAAGCUUCUUCAAUUCUUGGAACAACAGGCUGCGCUUUGUGAUACCACCGUGCACGAUCUCCUGGUGAAGCUGCUCCAUGGCCACGGCGCACAAGCUCAUGCUGCUACUUCAGGUGUAGCUCCACCAACGCUUCACUUUCCUAAACCUAUUAUCGGUUUGGCCCAGCACAAUGAGGCAAUCCAGAUCCUUAACAAGAAGCAAGAUGAAGAGAAGGCCUGUCGCUUAUGCUUGGCUAAGAUCGCUUCGACCUCCAACAUGUUAGACAAGAAUGCCCUGGGUCUGUUGCUGCUGUCCGAUUUGAUGCAGAUGAAGUUGGUGGAUGCCGAAUACCAGUUUGACCGUAAGAAGUUGAUCUUCUACUACUCCACCUCGCGCCGUAUUGACUUUAGAGACUUGGUGCGUGAAUUGUUCAGAAUUUACAAGACAAGAAUCUGGAUGUGUGCUGUCAAUGGUAUCCCAUAUGCUCCCAAGAAGAGGUCCCAAUCUCAAUCGCAACAUCAACAAGGCCAAACCCAGCCUUCGAAUCAGCAGAACCUGAAUAAUCUGAAUAACCAGGGCCACUCGCAACAAAAUCCUCAAAAUCAGUCCCUGAAUCAGAAUCAUCAAGCCCACCAGAAUCAUAGCCUGGCGCGUGCCACUGGCGGGCCACUGGCGCUGGGACUCAGACGUAUGUCGUUUGGAUCGCCAGAGCUUAAGGCAUUUGCAGCAGAGUCCUCCAGUGAAGUACCUCGUAAAUUUGCCUUACCUGGUGCCCUUGAAGAGAAGGAUGGUGAGGGCUUUGUGUUGCAGCUGCUUGUGGAUACUCUCAACCAUUGA